UAGUUCCCCUUCCCAUUGACUCAUUUUACCAUACCUUGUCCAGUCCCAGUGUCCACUUGUUGAGUCUUAGUUGGUAUUUGUUUAUUUUGUAUUUGAAAAGAAAUCUGAUCAAUUUGUGAUCGCUUUAAUUUGCCAUGACAAGCUCGUCAGACAAAAAGCCUAUAACUCAGUCAAUGUUGGAUAAGCUUGCAUACGACCAGAACAUAGAAACAACCACCAAAAUAACCUCAACCAUGACAUCAAAUCCCUUUGCUAUGGUAAUCUUUCAUCAGUCUGACAUUGAGGCAGCUACAUACAAACUUGCCAAGUCCAUUGAUGACCCACAGACCUCAGGUGGCGUAAAAUUGGUAUUCGUUCAGGAAUCGUGUGCUGAAAGAUUUACAGCAAAUCUUAAAUCCAAGCUUAAAACUUAUUCUGAAGAUCAACUUCAAGGCCUGAAUUUGAAAGACACUAUUAAACAAUCCAAUAAAAUUGUAUCUAAAUUGACUACGAAAACUAUUUCUCCGGAAGGACCGCUGAGUUAUGCAUCAAUUCUGGUCUGGGACUUUUCACAGGAAUAUUUCAAAGGCGAUUCCGGCGCCGGCGAUGGUAAAGCCUUGCCAAUUGUUUGCUUAUUUAGCUUCCGAACAUCAAAGGAAGCAAUUGCGUUGAUCAAAAAGGAGACGACUAAUGAAAAUGUAUCAAUUUGGUGUGAGAACCAAGCCAUGGCAUAUGAAGUAAUCACUGCAACUUCACUCCAAAACUAUUAUUUGAAUUGUUUCGAUGUGAGUUUGUCUCCACUUCAUCCAUACAUUCAGAAAGCACAGCCGUAUGCUCUUGUUGAGAAUUCAUAUCACUAUGAGACACUACAAAUUUCUGGACAUUUAAAAAGCAUAGUCUUCCCAUUCGGAACAAUUUUUGCAAACUAAAAAGCUGCCUGGAUGGCGGAAAUAAUUUGUCUAAAGUCUCAAAACAAAAUACUCUACUAUAUUCUUAUGAAACAAUGUAACUAUGAAAAUAAUAUCGCAUUUUAAAACAAUAAAGCUACUUUACCAAAAAUU